GCAUUGGCUAGGUUUCCAAUCGAUCCCGUCCCAAUUCAGUGUAGCUCUACCUUGUCCCGCCGGUCGCCGCCACUGAGGCCGACGGAGCGCUGCCGGCCGCCACUUGAGACCAAGCUCGGUUGCACGGGCCGCCGGCCGCUGCUCGAUUCCGCGGCCGCUCGCCACCGCUGCCGGCCGCCGCUAGUCCCCCCGCAGGACACCUUCACGCUCACGGGUUGUUCUGCAUCUCCUGGUACCGGCCGCUGCUAUUCUGCAUCUCUCGGACCUGUAAGCUCUUGAAUCCGGGAACAAAGAAGGUCCAUGGCAUGUGCUGCUUACAGUAUCAGGGGCCAUCUCAAGCUCGCCGGAGGGCAUGGCCUGUAUGCCCUGGCCAAUGAUCGCCUGUCCAGCAGCUUGAAGCCUUCGGUAUCUUAUCCUUCUUCUCGGCAGUGGAGUAAUAUCUCUAGCAAUGCAGCACGACACACCGCCUGCCAUUCUCACUUGAUUGUCGGAAAUUCAGAAAGAUGGCGCUCAAGCUUGAAAGCUUCACUGGAGGAUGGUACCAUUGUUGCUGAAGGGAGGAUAACUGUAUUGGUCAUUGGUGGUGGAGGAAGGGAACAUGCACUUUGUUUUGCUUUGAACCGUUCACCUUCUUGUGAGGCAGUUUUAUGCGCCCCUGGUAAUGUUGGUAUUGCUCAAUCUGGAGAUGCGGUCUGUAUCUCGGACUUAGACAUCUCCAAUAGUGAUGCUGUUAUAUCUUUGUGCCACAAGAGGGGAGUGGGAAUGGUGGUAAUAGGUCCUGAAGGUCCUCUUGUUGCGGGUCUUACGAAUGACCUUGUCAAAGCUGGGAUACCAACCUUUGGUCCUUCAUCGGAGGCUGCAGCUUUAGAGGGAUCAAAGGACUUUAUGAAGAAGCUGUGUGAUACGUAUAAUAUCCCAACUGCUCAGUAUCACGCAUUCACGGAUCCCGCGAAAGCUAAACAAUAUGUCCGGGAUCAAGGGGCCCCUAUUGUUGUUAAAGCCGAUGGAUUGGCUGCUGGAAAGGGCGUCGUUGUUGCUAUGACUUUGGAUGAGGCAUUUGAAGCAAUAGACUCUAUGCUGGUUGAAGAGUCAUUUGGUCCUGCUGGUUCACGGAUCAUUAUUGAGGAGUACCUAGAGGGUGAAGAAGCCUCAUUCUUUGCAUUAGUAGAUGGUGAGAAGGCUUUGCCACUUGAAUCAGCACAGGAUCACAAAAGAGUUGGUGAUGGUGAUGUUGGCCCAAACACAGGUGGUAUGGGUGCAUACUCCCCUGCUCCAAUAGUGACGGAAGAACUUAAGCACACAAUUAUGGAAACCAUAAUUAUUCCAACUGUUAAAGGUAUGGCUGCUGAAGGAUGCAAGUUUGUUGGUGUAUUAUAUGCUGGGCUUAUGAUAGAAAAAGAAUCUGGUCUGCCUAAGCUUAUUGAAUACAAUGUGCGAUUUGGGGAUCCUGAAUGCCAGGUUCUGAUGAUGAGAUUAGAAUCCGAUCUUGCACAGGUUCUGCUGUCUGCAUGCAAAGGGGAACUUGGCAAGGUUUCACUAACCUGGUCACCUGAAAUCGCAAUGGUAGUUGUGAUGGCAAGUGAAGGAUACCCUGGCUCUUAUAAGAAGGGAACUGUAAUAAAAAAUAUCGACAAGGCCGAGCAGGUUUCUCCAGAUGUUAAGAUAUUCCAUGCUGGAACAGCUUUGGAUGGAGAUGGGAACCUUGUAGCUGUCGGAGGCCGAGUUCUUGGUGUCACUGUAAAGGGCAAGGACAUUGAAGAAGCGAGGUCAAGGGCAUAUGAUGCAGUUGAUGUUGUGGACUGGCCAGAAGGAUUCUUCAGGGGGGAUAUCGGUUGGAGGGCACUGAAACAGGAGCAGAUGGCUAACUACUGAUGAGGCUCCCAAAAAACUAUGGUGAGCUUCUAGUGUCAAGUGAAAUGAAGACACAAUAGCCAUUAGUCUUGCGGCCGCGGGAUGACAGUAUAGCUCCUGGAACAUUAGCAUGAUUUAUGGUGGUUUUGUAUUUUUCACAUGGCAAUUACUUCUUCCUUUUCUUAGAGCAAAGUGCACUUAACUAUUGAGGUGCAAUCAUGCUAUCAACUAACUUUCGACUGAACAUAACCAUGUGAAACUGACAAUCUUUAUAACUAGAAAUUUUGUGGUUGGUUAUUUAA